GCAAGAGGCCAUUAUUGCAGCCGCUUGUUCCCGAAUUGGCCAGAGAGUUCUUCAUGUUGACAAGUUUCCCCCACUGCUGUCUCCCACACCAUGUUUACUUGGGUUUGACUGCACAGUCAUUUCUGAGUCACCAAAGUUCUAAACUAAAGUGCUUUGUUUGUUAAUGACUUCGUCAUUGCCAGAGGAUGUAUUAUGGAGGGAACUGGGCCAGCUUUAGCUUUUCUGGAUUACUUUCUUGGAUUGAAGAGUGCAACGGUCAGACCUCGAGCAGUUUAGAGACUGUUAACUUGCAGUGCAAGAUACUGGAAGGGGAAGAUACCAUUCUGCUUGACCAAGUGGAUCAAUCCAUUGAGAAUUUAGAAGUUUUCUGCUAUGUCAGUGCAGAGGAAGAUGCAGAAGAAGCAGCAGAUGUUCAAAUGAAGCAAGCUAACGGAACCUCCAGUGCAGAGAGUGAGAACAAGGUAUUGAAUCAAAGCGAGGAAAGUCCGAGUUAUAAAACCGCACCAAGUGAUGAUGUGGAAUCUCCUACACAAUGUUCUGACGUUCAGCUCUCAACAAAAGAUGCCCCCUCUGCUUCUUCCUCCACCACCAGUGAAAUGGAUGUGGAUAAGAAGGAAAUCCCAAUAACUGCAGCUUCCGAUGAUGGAAAUGAAGCUAACAAUGCAGAGAAACCCAAUAUAAUGUUUGCUACUCAAAAAGUGAAGGAAGAGAUGAAAAAGAUGACUUAUUCCCAGAUUAUGAAAAAUGGCAGAAAAUUUAACAUUGAUUUGACUUCAAAGUUCCUGUAUUCCCGUGGCCCUUUGGUUGAUCUUCUCAUCAAAUCUAAUGUCAGCCGCUACACAGAAUUCAAAAAUGUGACCAGGAUACUUACUUGCCAAGGAGGAAAAGUUGAGCAGGUUCCUUGUUCCAGGGCAGAUGUAUUUGCCAGCAAACAGCUCACAGUGGUGGAGAAACGAAUGUUGAUGAAAUUUCUCACUUUCAGUUUGGAGUAUGAGCAACACACAGAUGAAUUCCAAGGCUUUCAGGACAAAGCAUUUUCAGAAUAUCUGAAGACCAAGAAGUUAACCGAAAACCUACAGUAUUUUAUUUUGCAUUCCAUUGCUAUGGUCUCAGACACUGCCAGCACCACAGAGGGAUUCAAAGCAACUCAACAUUUCUUACAGUGCCUUGGACGCUAUGGGAACACACCAUUCCUUUUUCCAUUGUAUGGUGUUGGAGAAAUACCACAAUGCUUUUGCAGGAUGAGUGCAGUUUUUGGUGGGACAUACUGUCUGCGACAUUCAGUGCAGUGUCUGGUGGUCGACAGAGAAACUGGGAGAUGCAAAGCUGUGAUUGAUAGCAUUGGCAAUCGGAUAACCUGUGAACAUUUUAUUGUAGAAGAUAGCUAUCUGCCUCAGAAACACACAAAAAACAUCCAGUACAGACAGAUUUCGAGAGGCGUGCUCAUCACAAAUGGUUCUGUGUUUAAGUCAGAUUCUGAACAGAUUUCCAUUUUAACCGUGCCUGCAAUGGAACAAGGACGACCUUCAGUACGAAUCAUUGAGCUCUGCCCCUCUUCAAUGACCUGUCCACAGGGUACCUACCUGGUGCAUCUGACUUGCCCUUCAUCUGGAACUGCCAAAGAAGACUUUGAAGCUGUGGUGACUGCUCUAUUUGUGAACUACAAUGAGACAGAAGAAAUGACCUGUUCUGAUGAAGAAGACGAGAAACCGAAAGUGCUUUGGGCUUUGUAUUUCAAUGUGAGAGAUUCAUCAGCCAUUGACAGAAGUGCAUAUGAAGGCUUGCCGAGUAAUGUGUACAUCUGCUCUGGACCUGAUCCAGCUCUCGGAUUUGAACAUUCUGUUAAGCAGGCUGAGGCCAUCUUUAAACAGCUGUUUCCCGAGGAAGAGUUCUGCCCCCCUGCCCCAAAUCCUGAAGAGAUUAUCUAUGACAGUGAUGGUACACAACAGGGAGAUGCUGGUUUUGGAUCCUCGACUAAAACGGAAGAGUCGGUAAAAGAGAGUAUAAAUGAAAACGCUGAGCCCAUUGGAGGUGGUGACAAAGUGAUAGAAACUACUCAAUCAUUGGAUAUGAAUGAAAUGAAUCAGGAAUCCGAAAUGACAAACCCUGACGCUCAAACUCUAAAAUGUAGCACAAGUGAGACAAAUACCUAGGGGUUCAGAAUAAAAUGUUUAAAAUGAAAAGCUUCAUUACAUUCAAAUCAAAUCAAUUGUAUUAUCAAAACAAGUUUAUUUUCUCUAAAUUAUAUUUGCUGUAUUUCUAACAAAAACAAGAUAAAGCUGUGCCCUGUUAUUACUUUUCAGAAGAAAGAUGGCUUCGACAGAAUCGAGAAUAUAACCAAGCAUUUGAACGUAUCAUGCAAUCUUAAGGCUUAAAGCAAAUGUUGCUCCAUUGCACAUGAACCACUCCUAACAAACCUUGAAUUGUCUGUAUUCACCUGGCCGUGAGAAAUUGAGCGUAAUUUGCUCCUUUUUGAAACUGUCAUUAUGGACGGACUUGCACAAAUGAGGUCUAUUCAAACAAAAUUAAAAAUUAACUCACGUUUCUUUUAAGAACAGAUCGGGGCAUGAAAUACUAAAUUAACUUUAGCUAAAGAAAUAUUGGAUAUUGUAAAAGACAAUUAAACUGUUUAUAUAAAAAAAAUCACAGCGCCAGUUUGGGCAUUUAUAUCAUGGUGAUGCUGCUUCCCAAAGAAUCCUGCCCAAGUCAAAUGAUAAAAGGUACAAAAUAUUUUGUUUGGCAAGGAAUGUACAGAUCAUUCAACAUCUUGUAGUAUUGUUUACCGGGAAAAAAAUAUUAAGUGCUAAUGUUAUGUUGUUAAUAUACUCCAGAAAGCAGUGACAGGUGCAAACCAUUUUCUCAGUGGAAAAUCAAAGAGGUCUGUAAUGAUAUAUGAUGGAAGAGCAGAUGUUUUGCAGAUCAAGGUACUUUUUCUGUGAGCAAUGUGUCCAAUAUCAAAAGCAUAUACUGUGCAAAAACCUGCGAGAGAACAGCUUGUUUAAUGCAUAUGUAAACAAAAGCAAUUAAAAUGUUGCAAAAGA